CUCUUUAUAUGUCCAUACUGCAGGGCACUGCAAUGUAUGUUGAAAUUGCAGCUGACAAUAUUGAGACUAAAAAGUCAUUACUUGCAGAAGGAAAAAUAUAUACAUUCAGGAGGUUUAGAGUUUUAAAAUCUAAGACCACUUAUAGACCUGUCGAAUCAGAGUUUAUGAUUGACAUCACCUACCAUACCUUAAUCGAGGAAAACUAUGAUGCUCCAUCCGAUUUCCCACUCUAUACCUACAGCCUGACAAACUUUGCUGAUCUACCUAUGCUUGUUGGUGAAACCAAGCGUUUCAUCGAUGUAAUUGGAAUGAUCACAGAAAUUUCUGAGCUAGCCACCAUUCAGCUUCAAAAUCAGCAAAGGCCUACACUCCGAAGAACUAUUACAUUGAAAGAUUCAAGCAACUAUGAAAUGAAAUUAAAUUUAUGGGGCCAAAGAGCUUCUGAGUUUGAUUCCGAUCAGAUAUGCCAGCUCAGCCAAGACCAUCCAGUGAUUGUCAUCUUUGUUGGUAUGCUUAUGAAAUCUUACAAAGGUACGAUUCGAUUCGAGUUACUUUCAGCUUUAUUAAUUCUUACAAUAACUCUGCUUCUUAGCUGUGAAAAAUCACUCCCUGUAUGACCAGCAAUGUCCUCCCACAAAUAUAACAACAUGGUUUCGUCUUUAACUCUGAAUCUUAAAAAAUCACUAUUUCAUCAACAUGUUGCAUGAUAGUGAUGUUUUUAUUGCAAUAUUCACAGCACGCAACUUGAUAUAUCAUAUAAUAACCACAUUCGCCCACUUGGAGAUCAUACUUUCGAUGUAUAUUCGUGUCUUUUUUGUAUCUGAAUAUUAUUCAGUUGUAUGUGUAAACAUAUUUCUCGUAGAAUUGCUGCUUCUCUAAUAACAGUUUUGUAUAUGUUUGCAUUUCUUUCUAGAAUACUUGUUAUUUUCCACAUAUUAUUGGUUACUUUCAGUGAUCUGAUUUUCCACCAUCCCUUUUACUUUAAUUACUAUGCCUCAAACAUAUCUUCCGUUGUAAACUCCUGGUGCACGAGAAAAAAAGAUAAAAAACGACAGAAAAUAAGGAUCUCUGGUACUUACUAUUUAGCACAAUAGUGCACUUGGAUUUUUAACAGAUAUACCAAUUGGAAAAUGUGAAGCGUAAAAAAAAAAUACAUACAGGUAAUAUUAGCUUCCUGUUCUCGCUUUACCUUCGGUAUUUAUCAAAUCAAAGAGCUUCUCAGUUUCAGCAUGAUCAGAUAUAUGAGCUUACCCAACACUGUACACUCUUUGUUAUCUUUAUUGGUAUGUUUAUCAAGCGUUAUAAACGUACAAUUUACUUCAGAUUAUUUUCAAGUUUAUUAACUCUUAUUUGACUCAAGACAAAAUUUUACAUACGUAUUACCCUCUUUUUCUAUCUGAAUCUUACUCAGUUGUGCUUAAGCAUACUUCUCCAUAUAUCCUUUAAUAGCAGCCUUCUCCAGAUUUGCAUUUGUUCUUAACACAAGCAUUUUUCCCCAUAUAUCAUUGCUCAAUUUCACUGCUCUGAUUUUUCAUGAUCCCUUUUACUUUAACUAUUCUAUCCAAGACAUACUUUUCCUUUCGCAUUGGUAUUGUAAGAGGAGGGGGCCGAGGGCAAGAAAAAAAAAGCAUAUUUCCUAUUCCCUGCUUAAGAUAAUAGUACACCCAACAUUUUAGCAGAAAUACCCAUCGUCGAAUGACAUAAGCAAUGUAAAAAAAAAGGCUAUAAUUUUAUAUCCCUCUUCUCAAAUUAGCUUUAGUUACCAUCUUUAUUUUUACACUUACAUUACUUUCUACAUAUAACAUUACUCCAAAAUAAA